UGGAUCUGGGGUAUUCGGUGCUCGUUGAUAAUCCGUUGUAACGAAAAUUCACUGUCGAUAUCCCUUCCACCGCGUCGUUCAUGCUUAAAGAGAUUAGAUCGAAGACCCAGAGAAUGAACAUUCUUGGCCACUGAUACAAACAGUUCGUCAGAAAGGUGUCGCGUCAAGUUGCCAUGUAUUGGAAGCUUUUCAGUAUGAUCUCUUGCGGUGAAAACUGAGUUCGAACAAAAGUGCACAAUGUUGUCGCGGUAUUUUGUUUCCACUAUUCUGACUUUAGCAGUCGUAGGUCCGUUGAAUUAUGGAAAUUGUGCAAGAAUCCUGGGGGUAUUUCCAACUCCUUCAUUCAGCCAUCAGGUGGUAUUUCGCGGACUUACUUUGGAACUGAAUAAACGAGGCCACGAGCUGGUAAUUGUCACUACAGAUCCUGUUAACGAUCCAAGCUUGAAAAACUAUACCGAGAUUGAUAUCGGUUUCAUGUAUGAAAUGCAUGAGCGGUUUGGUAGGAAUAUGAUCGAAUAUCGUAGAUCACCACCUUCGUUGACACAGAUGAGCACUUUGUCGUCAUACAUGAACCUCGGAACUGAAAAAAUUCUUACUUACCCAGAACUGAGGCGCUUGUACGAGCGAGAUAGUGACGAAAAGUUUGACCUAGUUAUAAUGGAACAGCUCUUUUCGUUCGCUUUGUUACCUUUAGCUGAUCGAUUUGACGCUCCGAUGAUAGGUAUAUCAUCUUUGGUAUUAUCGACAAACACUCAAUAUGGGAUAGGCAAUACCAUAAUACCUUCGCAUCCGGCGAAUUGGGAACUCCAAGAAAAUAUUAACAAUCCGUUGACAUUUUGGCAGAGAUUAAAGAACUUUUGUAAGAUCUGGUCAACGAUAUACGUCUUUAGGACUUAUUUCAUGCCUGGACAAGAAGAAAUAGCGAGGAAAUAUUUCGGAGACGACAUUCCGAGCCUGUAUGAGAUUGAGAAGAAUAUCAGUUUAAUUUUCGUUAAUCAAGUGGGGCCCAUUUCCUACGCCAAGCCAAAUGUUCCGAAAAUAAUCGAAAUUAAUGGUUUUCACAUUUCAAAGCAUAAAAAACCAUUGCCGCAGGAUCUUCAGAACGUCUUGGACAGAGCUACACAGGGAUUCGUAUACAUGAGUCUGGGAACGAAUGUCAAAAGCAUUACGUUGUCUGCGGAAACCAGAAGUGAAUUUGUAGCUGCCUUUUCAAAGUUACCCUUCAAAGUCAUCUGGAAGUUCGAAGAUGACAAUUUUCCAGACAAGCCGGAUAACGUGAUGAUUUUGAAAUGGGCUCCUCAACAGGCGAUUUUAGCUCACCCGAAUCUCAAAGUUUUCAUCUAUCAAGGAGGACUUCAAAGCACAGAAGAAGCGAUCCAGCACGCUGUUCCGUUGGUUGGGUUUCCAGUUAUAGGUGACCAGGAUGCGAUUGUUAAUAAAAUGGUGUCUCUCGGCGUUGCCAGAAAACUGGAGAUAACUGCUGUCAACAGGGAUGAUCUGGAGGAAGCUAUACUCACCGUUGCACUCGACGACGAGUACAAGAAAAAGAUGCUUGACUUGCGGUCGCUGCUCAAAGACAAGCCAAGGGACUCACUUGAGAACGCUGUUUGGUGGACGGAGCACGUGAUACGUCACAGAGGUGCUCCAUACUUACAAUCUGCAACAGCUGAUGAACCAUGGUACCAGCGUCAGGACAUGGAUAUAGUUGCCUUCCUUUCUGCUACAUCUGUGAUAACUUUCGUCACAAUAUUACUAAUUUCCUACAAGUCCUUGAUAUUCACUAUCAACGCGUUGACGUAUUCGCCACUCGAUAAGGCAAAGCGAAAUUGACUGUUUUUUCUAUUUGCGUAACUCAGUGUUUGACUGAAGUUACGCAACGACAUAUUAUUUAACAAACCACUCGGAAUCUUAGAUGUAAUAACCUAGAUGACUGUACCUUAUCCGUUAGUACAUAUACAAAAGCAAAUUGUACACAAUAUGUACAAAAUGAAAUUAGUGGCAUAAUAUUUAAACUUAAA